GCAUGCGCGGUGCAUAUGGAUUGGAGCAAGUCAGGAGAAGUGCCCAAUGCGACACUCGCGCCGAGCCGAGGGCGGUGCCGCGCGCGCUUAGAAGAGUCAGGGGGCGUAGCCUGUCACAGCAGCAGCCCCAGGUCGGAAGGAAGUGACAGCGGCAGCUUCGAGGAUAUUUGGUGGCGCGCGAAACGGCGCCCGAAGAUACCUGCCAUGCGCACGCGCCAGCCGGUUCGCCCUCGCCCCGCGCAAGCGCAGGGGACUUCCUUAGAGCGCACGCGCGAGUGCUUGCCGUCUCUGGCCGCCAUGGAGAGGAAAGUUCUAGCACUUCAAGCUCGGAAGAAGCGGACCAAAGCUAAGAAGGAAAAAGCCCAGAGGAAACCUGAAACUCAACAUCGAGGCCCUCCUUCCCAUUCAGAAAACGAUCACCCUGAACAAGAAGAAGAAAUCCUGGGAUCAGAUGAUGAUGAGCAGGAAGAUCCCAAUGAUUACUGCAAAGGGGGCUACCAUCUUGUAAAAAUAGGAGAUCUGUUCAAUGGAAGAUACCAUGUGAUCCGGAAGCUGGGAUGGGGACACUUCUCUACGGUGUGGUUAUCUUGGGAUAUCCAGGGGAAGAGGUUUGUGGCAAUGAAGGUAGUCAAAAGUGCUGAACACUAUACAGAAACAGCACUGGAUGAAAUCAAACUGCUAACAUCUGUCCGGGAUAGUGACCCAGAUGACCCAAACAGAGAGAGGGUAGUUCAGCUUUUAGAUGACUUCAAGAUCUCCGGAGUGAAUGGUUCUCAUGUUUGUAUGGUGUUUGAAGUUUUAGGGCAUCAUCUGCUGAAAUGGAUCAUCAAAUCAAAUUAUCAGGGGCUUCCACUGCUUUGUGUGAAAAGAAUAAUUAAUCAGGUUUUGCAGGGACUGGAUUAUUUACAUAUAAAGUGUCGGAUUAUCCACACCGAUAUUAAACCAGAAAACAUCUUGCUACAUGUAAAUGACCAGUACAUUCGCAGGUUGGCCGCAGAGGCAACAGAAUGGCAGAGAUCUGGAGCGCCCCCACCUUCCGGCUCUGCAGUGAGUACUGCGCCGUUGCCAAAACCAGCUGACAAAAUGUCCAAGAAUAAGAAAAAGAAAUUGAAAAAAAAACAGAAACGACAAGCAGAGCUGCUAGAGAAACGCAUCCAGGAAAUCGAAGAAAUGGAAAAGGAAGCAAGCCCUCCACAAGUGCAAUCUGAAGAGCAGCAGGAGAUCCCAAGACCACUAGAAUUACUCUUAAAAGAGAGCCCCCCAGAUGAAGGGCUACCUGGAAAGACAGAUGCUGUCUCACUUGUACCAGAGCAAACCAUCUUAAUGGAGGGAAUUGUUGAAAAAUGUGUAACAGAAAUCAAUUGCAAUGGUGUAGGGCAAAUGAAUCUCUUCUCAGACUCCAACAACCAAGUGUCAGUAAAAUGUGAGGAGGACCUUUGUAAUGCCAAUGACUGCAGCAGUCCCUCAGAGGAGCAGCAGGAGAAGGAAGAGGAGAGCUGUACUUACAGCCAAAGUAAUGGUGACUUGGAGAACAGGAUACAGGAAGCAAUAUCAGAUUCAUGUGCACCCUUAAUUUCAGAAGAACUGGGUUCUACUGUAUGCCAGGCAAAUUCACGAGAGCAACAGUAUUUCAACGAGCAGCAGAUCAGCCAUUUACAAGAGAGUAUCAGGGCAGAAAUACCUUCAGAGGAUGAGAAUGAGAAUGGGACAUCAGAGACCGGCAAAGGAAAAUCUGCAGCUGGGAAUUUCCUCCUUAAUCCUCUCGAGCCUGGGAAUGCCGAUAAGAUCAAAGUAAAAAUAGCUGACCUAGGAAAUGCUUGCUGGGUGCAUAAACACUUCACUGAAGACAUUCAGACACGGCAGUACCGAUCCUUAGAAGUACUGAUUGGAGCAGGCUACAGCAGCCCUGCAGACAUUUGGAGCACAGCCUGUAUGGCCUUUGAACUGGCAACAGGUGAUUAUCUGUUUGAGCCUCAUUCUGGUGAAGACUAUUCACGGGAUGAAGAUCAUAUUGCAUUGAUCAUAGAACUUCUUGGCAAAAUACCUCGCAAACUGAUUGCAGCUGGAAAAUACUCCAAGGAGUUUUUCACCAAAAAAGGUGAUCUGAAGCAUAUCACCAAACUGAAGCCAUGGGGUCUCCUUGAAGUGCUUGUGGAAAAAUACGAGUGGUCUCAAGAAGAGGCAGCUGCAUUUACUGACUUUUUACUACCUAUGCUGGAGCUGAAUCCUGAGAAGAGAGCUACAGCAGCGCAGUGUCUCAGGCACCCCUGGCUCAACUCCUAAAACACUCCGACCUGAAACCAUGACCAUAUAGUGGGUUCUGCAGCAUAAUAUAUACGCACCUAGAUGGCCUCCUUUUCCCAAGUCAAUUGUUUCCUUAUUGAUUUUUCAGAGCAAAGUUUCUCCUUGGGGAGCUUUUGGGAUUUUAGAUAAAUCUUAACCGUUCAUGUGAGUUUGUGUACUUGGCUCAGUCAGGACUGCUGUCAGCCUGUGGGCAUCCAGUUUGUUUUGCUAUGGUUGGGGUUUGCCAAAGAGUUUUUACAGAAACAUGAAAUUACCCCUGACUGUCUUCUUUGCUCGAGUACCUUACUCUAAAAGUGUGGGGAAAUCUCCAUUGGGACACACUCCCUUAAGUAUAUUGCAGUCAUCCCAAGAGGGAUGUGAAGAGCUGUGAAUCCCUCCUUAGCUUUCUGACUCCAGGAGUCAUUUUCCUAGUGCACACCCGGUUGCUGACAGUAAGAGGAGAAAUAGCAAAUGGCACCAAGGUGGUAGCUCCAUGUGGAGCACUGAACUCUAAAUUCACUAUUCAUUCCUUAGGUGUCUAAUCUGCUGCUUGGGUAAUCUUUUCUUCCCCGGGACACACUAUUUCUCUAGUUUUAGCCAUUGAGUCUUUUUGAACAGCUUGUAUGAAAUAGAUUUUAGUACUAUUUUUGUUCCACAGUUCUCUGGACUUUUUCCGAGUCCAGUAAAAUAAGCUGCUGUCCCAUACUGUAGCAUGUGAACUUGAAAUACAUUUUUCAAGGGAAAUAAAUUCAACAGGAACUGGUAGAAGUAACUGUCUGUGCAAGACAGGCGUAAGCAUUUGUUGCCUAUAGAGGCAGGCAAAUUGCCCCCAUUUUCUAUGCCAUGCUGCCUGGGGCAGUACGUGGCCUACCAGUCAUAAUUUUGGGGCCAAUAGGUGCUUAACGAUUAUGUGGGUUUCUGUUACCCAAAGGAGGCCACAAAAGAAGGGGAGUUAACCAGCAUCUGGCAGGCUGCUCUUUACACAGGUCUGCCUUAUGCCUUUAAUAGCACUAGGUCAGCCUUGUGUGAUAUUGUAUUUUCAGUAGAGAGCUGUUAGUUUUCUUAGAAGUGUUAAAUAUAUCCUUAACCCAGCAACAAUAAGUGAAAAGAUGAAUUGUGGGCUGCCAUUCCAGCUGUGCUUGUAUGCCUAGACUUUCAGCCACGACAUCUCCCAAGGCUGUUGCUAGCCCUGUUGCCACCUGAGUCGCUGGAGUCCUAACAUCUUUUUGAAUAUUGAUCAUAAUUCCUUUUCUACAGAAUGAACACCAGGGCAACUAAACAGGGGAUGGAGUAACUUCAGUCUUUCCCCCCUUAAAGACAUAGUGACAAAUUUUGUUUUUCAGAAUCAUUGCAAACCUGGUUGCCCAGCAGGAUAGAAAUGUAAAACUUUUAAGCCCCUUCUAGGGAAAGGGGUUAGUUGUCACUGACUCUGUAGAUUUUUUUAAAAAAAUAAAGAUCAAAGGCAUGUAAUACUUGGUAAUUCUACAAUGGAUAUCUCUUAGGUUUCCCUGAGCUAUGUUAAAAAAAAUCUCCUUCCUGCUGCUCUAAUAUAAGGUUUGGAAUAAGUUGGUGUCUCCAGCAGCCCUUCCAUACUAUGGACCAAAUAGGCCUUUGAGAUUGUGAAAAUUCUUUAUGGCUAUGAACUGGCUUCAGGCUUGCAGGCGCUGAGCCAGGCCGUCCAUUGCAAAAGCUGCCAGCAGUGUGACACUGUUGUUGUUUUUUGUGUGUGUGUUUUGAAAUCCCCAGUUUAUAGUAACCUUAUUCCCCCCAUUUAAAAAGAGAAAUCUGGUUCUAUUUCGGUUUUUUUUUUUAAAAAAAAGUGUAACCCUCCUACCCCAUUUCCUAUCUAAUCUGGCCAUGCUGUCGUUUGAUGCUUGACUAGGCCUUUAGCGGAAUCUGAGCUGCAUGCCUAUUUAAGAAAUCUGAAGUUAAGUUCUCUAUGCACAAUCUUAAAGUGAAAAGAAAAAAAGUUUUAAAAGUGUAAUGAUUCUCCUGUUACAUGGAAUAUCUUCCUCACCUCUGAAAGCACUUCUGUGCCUAUCUGUCAAGAGAUACAAGAUGGGACUUGAAUGUACAAUACAUACUUUCUCUUGAAAUACUGUGAAGACUUGCUGGCAGGGAGAAUUAAAUUUUUGGCAUCAACACAACCGUGUUUGCAUCAACAUCUUGGCUACCCAAAUGGAGCAAAAAAGCUCAUGAGGGGUUUGCAUCUCUUGGUUCAAAUAUAGGUUCCUCUCCACAGAAGAAGGCUGCUGCUGCUGUUGCCUCUGUUGCACAAGAGCAGUCCAGUUUAAUACAAGAGAACUUGUCAAGAUUGCCUAAGUAUUUUGUGCUCACAUCAGGUUCACUACACUUCCAAAUUGCCAUAAAGUAUUCACUAACAGAUUUGUACUUGUUUUGUCAGCCUAAAACCUGAAGGAAAAAAUACAUUUUUAUUCUUUC